AAGAAUGACAAGUGAUAGCUUCGAGAAAAAGUAUGUCUAUGUUUUAAAGUUGCAACAAAAUAAAUGGUAUAUUGGGUCUACCACCAACAUAAAGCAGAGAAUAGCUCAACACUGUCAGGGAACUGGCUGUGCUUGGACGUCAAGAUAUCCAUUCUUGGAAUUAUUUGAUUGUCAACUACAGAGAGAUGGUUGGCACGAAGAGAACUUGACAAAAGAAUAUAUGCUACGUUAUGGAAUAGAAAACGUUCGAGGAGGUCCUUAUACCAAUUUGGAACUUACGGAAGAGGAAAAAGAAGUUAUUCAAAGAGCUUUAGACGCCUUUAGAGGUGCUUGUUAUCUUUGUGGUUCUAGAGGGCAUUUAGCUGCAGAAUGUCCAACUUGUGAUUUCAAGUGCAGUGAAUCAGCAAAAGACUUUGAGUAUAGCGAAAGUCAAGCUUGUUUUCGUUGUGGAAGAUGGGGACAUUAUGUUGCAGACUGUUAUGCAACAACUCAUCGCAAUGGUCUGUCAAUUGAUUCUCGUAGAACAACUAGUUCAAACGAAACUUUCUUCGCAGACUCGAAUACUUGUUUUCGUUGUGGAAGAUGGGGACAUUAUGUUGCAGACUGUUAUGCAACAACUCAUCGCAAUGGUCAAAGAAUUGAUGAAUAAACCCUAAUAAACCCUACAGCCAGCAA